GCAAUGCAUGCAUACUUCUCUCCAAGAGCCCACCGCUAACAAAAAUCGCUUAUUCCCGGACUUCCAAUUUCCAAGUUCUGAAAAACUGCUUACCACCUUAGUCCGCUUAUCCGAAUUAUCGUUUGUUGGAACAAAUCACUCAGUGCUUGAACUGCUUAGUAACUGCGCUCUGAGCUAGUCCUGUGUCAAAACCCGCGUCCCUUCGGCACAUUUGGGCGUCCUCUUGAGGACGCCUUGCCUCUGAAGGCCCGUACGUAUGGCUUACUCGGAGCGAAGAGAGGGCUCUCAUGCCGCAGCGUCCACGUCGGCGGGGCCAGGGACGCUGCUACCACGCCUACCGGGACAGCAACAGCUGGCUGCGGGCUCAGUGGGUCUGUCGCUGACAAACUCAGGCGGCGGCCAAAAGGCCAGGCCUGCAGUACCUGCCAGCACUGCAGCUGAUGGGUCGCGGCUGUCCAGAGCUGCACAUCCUGGGACAGCAACAGCGGCAACCACUACAUCAGGCACCAGCAGAGGAGCAGCAGCAGUAGUGAUUGGAGCCGGAGGAGUGGCCGGAGCUGGAGGAGGAACUGUAGGGAGGGCCAGCCCUGGGACAGGGAAAAACACAGCACAAGCUUCCUCCGGACCCGGAUCCGGAUCCGGGUCUUUGGCAAGAGCGGGGCUGCAUGCCUCUACCGCAGCAGCAGCAGCCACAGCAGCAGCAGCAGCAGUGUCUAGUGGUGGGCGGCGAACAUCAGCACAGCAACCAGGUGCUCCAGACAUGGCGUGCCCAUUCCAUCAGCAGCAUCAGGCACAUGGUGGCUACUCCAUGGGGCAGGGAGGUGAUGCAGCGGCAACCCAGACCACACACGCCAUCCAGCAGCAGGCGCUGAGGAAGCAGGUCCAGAAGGACAUUCAAAAGCUGCUAUCCUCCAAUCGGGCCUACACCCAGCAUGUAAAGGGUGCACAAGUGCUGUCACCUGAGGCCCUCACACAGCUUGCCAAGGCCAAGCCCAAGCCUGGCUCACGGCCAGACCAGAUGGUAGAUCUGCCUGACCCGGUAGACUGGGCAGUGUGGAAGACCGAGCAGCUCGCCAUCGCACGCCUGACGGAGGAGCGCCACCGUGGUGAAGUGGCAGCAGAGAAGGCGGCAGCGGAGGCGGCGCUGGCGGAGUUCAGGCAGCGGCGGGCGGAGGAGACGGCCGCGCUUGCGGAGGAGGCCUCACGAAAGCGGGCCGAGGAGGAGGCGUUUGCACGCCACAUGUCCGCAUACCUCAAUCACAAGGGUGCUGUGGAGCUGGAUGAGUUCAAACGGCGCAAGGAGGAGGAGCGCGAACGCGUGGCGCUGGCGAGGGGGCGGGCGGCUAAGACGAGCGGGUUCGGGCCGCAGCACUAGCGUGUUGGCCGCUCCUCAGAUCAGCAGAUAUGUUUAGAGUUAGGGCUCGGACUUGUACUGAUGUAGAGCCCGCUUGAGCACAGCAUUCUGGUUAGGUGCUAGGUGUGGUAGGCAGGGCCGCAGGGGUGCGUGCGUAGGCUGGAACGGUGCGGAGUAUCUGAACAGGAUUGCAGAAUUGCAGGAGAGGAUUGCAGAGUUGCAGGCCAGGCGGUCGUCCCCUCGGGGACUGUACUUUGUGACCGGUCCGGCGCUUGGCUUUGGGGUCCGGGCAACAUUCGUCUCCCUCAUACUAAUCCUGCACAGCUUGAGGAGUUGAGGGCAGUACGGCAGUCACCCGAGUACCAGACCUCUGACCUGACCCGACCUGACCGGCUGACCUGGUGUAAGAUGUUGCCAAC